AAAGGGCCGAGCCAGCGAGCAAGACGUCGCAAACCAUAAAGUUGUGCCCGUCUGCCGCCGACGCGUUUCCUGCUUCUUCUUGGCUCUCUUGUUCUCCAGCUUUUCGUCCCGCGUAUGGUGUUUUGAUAUCGAUUUGGGUGACCUCCUCUCUCACCCUCCGUCAUCAUACUCAACUUCCUUAAUACUACCUGCUGCUCUCGUGCUCGCCGCCGACCCUCCGGACCGAUCUCGUCUCCCCCCCUUUGACUCAUCCUUUUCGAGUCCGAUUUUUUUCUUCUUAAAUCUUGCUCUCUGUUUUCUUCGAGAGUAAAGACACAAAAUGGCCUUUGAAUCAUCUUCCCCCGUGGGAGGACCGCUGGUGUCUGACGAGAAGUACGUCCAAGGCAUCAGCGACAAGCCCGUAGGCGAUGGCCCGAACCACGACAUCGCAGCGGGCCAGGCCGGCGAGGAGGGCCUGAAGCGCGAGCUCAACUCCCGCCACUUGCAAUUCAUCGCCAUCGGUGCUGCGCUCGGCACCGGCCUGUUCCUGGGCAUUGGCGGUGCUCUGUCCAAGGCCGGGCCUGGCUCUCUCUUCAUCUCCUUCCUGUUCCUCGGCAGCGUCGUCUACUCCAUCAUGGUGGCGCUGGGCGAGAUGGCGUCAUACAUUCCCGUCACGGGAGCCUUUACCGUCUAUGCGUCGCGGUUCAUGGAUCCCACGCUUGGUUUUGCCAUGGGCUGGAUCUAUUGGUUCAGCUGGGUCAUCACCAUCGGUCUGGAGUUGACCGCCAGCGGCCUCAUUAUCCAGUACUGGACCGAGUCUAUCAGCAUUGGAGUCUGGAUUGCCAUUUUCUGGGUGGUCUUCACAGCUGCGCAGUUCCUGCCGACCUUCAUUUUUGGCGAAAUGGAGGCCUACCUCUCCAGCAUCAAGGUCAUUACCAUCUUCGGCUUCGUCAUCUUCGGCAUCUGUGUCAACGCCGGUGUCGGUGACCAGGGCUACAUUGGCUUCAAGUACUGGAGAGAUCCUGGUGCUUUUGCCGAGUACAUGGUCGACGGCGCAAUUGGCAAGUUUGUCGGUUUCUGGACCGUGCUCAUCACUGCCGGCUUCAGUUUCCAGGGAACAGAGCUGGUCGUCAUCGGUGCUGGUGAGACAGCCAACCCUCGCAAGACCAUCCCAACUGCCAUCCGAUGGACAUUCUGGUCCGUCUUCCUGCUCUUCAACUGCACCGUCUUCUUCGUCGGCAUCAACGUGCCCUACGACAACCCCGACCUCCAGAGCGGAUCGACCAACGCCUCGGCCUCGCCUCUCGUCAUCGUCGCCAAGCUCGCCGGCAUCCAGGCCCUUCCCUCCAUCAUCAACGCCGUCCUGCUGACCGCCGUCCUGUCCGCCGCCAACUCGGACAUCUUCUCCAGCAGCCGCAUCUUGGUUGCCAUGGCCGGCGAGGGCCACGCGCCCGCCUUCUUCAAGAAGGCCAACCGAUACGGAACUCCGUACUACGCCGUCGCCGCCUGCUCGGCCUUUGGUCUGCUGGCCUUCCUCAACCUGUCCAACAACGGAACGACCGUCUUCAACUGGCUGCUAAACAUCACGGCCGUAGCCGGCUUCAUCAGCUGGUCGCUCAUCAACCUGUGCCACAUCCGGUUCAUGAAUGUCCUCAAGUACCAAAACAUCCCCCGUGACGAGCUCCCAUACAAGGCCCCCUUCCAGCCCUACCUCUCGUGGUUCGGCUUCUUCUUCAACCUCCUGAUCCUCAUCACAAACGGCUUCACAGUCUUCAUCGAGUGGAACACGAGCGACUUUUUCGCGUGCUAUGUCAGCGUUCUGCUCUUCAUUGUCCUUUAUGUCGGCCACAAGAUUGUCUACAGGACCUCGUGGAAGUGGAUUCCCCUUGCAGAGGUGGACAUUUCCAAGGGCCGAUCCGAUGCGUGAGCGAAGAGCAGCGAGGGAUGAUUGAUGAUUCGGAGUAAAUCUUUGUAUGCGGUCAUAGCGGUUAAUAAUUGUAUUUUUAUGUUUUAUGAGUGUCAUGAUCUACAGGUCGUAAUUGAUACCCCAUUUGAAGAGGAA